AUGAAGCAAACCUCUAUUUAUUUAAAUCCUGUUUUAGCUCUUCUAAACUCAAAUUCAACAUAAAUUAGCCCAAUGUCUACAACUGAUUUGAAUGAUUCGAUAGAAUACUAUAUAGACUAAAAAGAAUAUCAAACUGAAGUAGAGAUCGUCAAAUAUUUACACAAUUUAGGAGUUUAGACUAAAACUGAUCCUUAGAUAAAAGAAUAGCAAUAUUGGAAAGAAAGAAAAUAACGAAGUUAAAGAAUUAUUUUAGAUACUAAUCUUGGCACAGCCGAAGAAAUAGUUUUAAAUCCUUCUCUAAAUAGAUUAUUAAGAAAGAAUGUAACUCAAAAGAUAAUUAGAUCAAACAGUCCCCUCUUCCUAGUGGAUUGA